ACACCGGCUACAUCAUCUGUGUGGUAGCUGAGCGGUGUUGCACGUUGCUAGUUAGUUGCAAUGUUGUAGCUAUUAGCACGACAGCCAGUCCUUUACUGGGAGGGAGACGUGUCAUUUAAUCUGACAAAUCUCUGGAGUUAAUACUCAGUUAUUAUCAGGCCACACAGCAGCCACCUGCCGAAUAACGGGAAUUAUUCAGCAAGUGUCUCUGCUAGCUUGCUGUCUUCUAUCUUAGCCUGCUAGCCUACCAAGCUAGCUAGUUAGCCGCUAGCUUUCUCCCGUCUCCUCCCACAGUAUAAACCGUCUCCUGCCCGGCUAGUGCACCAUGGCGAUGAGACAGACUCCGCUCACCUGCUCCGGUCAUACCCGGCCUGUGGUUGACUUGGCCUUCAGUGGAAUCACUCCAUUUGGCUACUUCCUCAUAAGCGCCUGUAAAGAUGGCAAGCCCAUGUUGCGCCAGGGAGACACAGGGGACUGGAUCGGAACGUUUCUGGGUCACAAAGGUGCUGUCUGGGGAGCCACUCUGAACACAGACGCCACCAAAGCAGCCACCGCCGCCGCUGACUUCACAGCGAAGGUGUGGGAUGCAGUGAGUGGAGACGAGGUCCUCACACUGGCACACAAACACAUAGUCAAGACGGUCAACUUUACUAAGGAUAGCAACUACCUGCUAACUGCAGGAAACGACAAGCUUCUGCGGAUCUAUGAUCUCAGCAGCCCAGAAGCAGCUCCACAGGAGAUCGCAGGUCACACCUCAGCCAUAAAGAAAGCCUUAUGGUGUAAUGACGAUAAGCAGAUCCUCUCAGCUGCUGAUGACAAAACCAUACGACUCUGGGACAGGAGCUCCGCAGAGGUGGUGAAGACAUUGACGUUUGAAACAUCAGUGAGCAGCAUGGAGUAUGUGGCUGAUGGAGAGAUUCUUGUGAUCACUUAUGGGAAGACGAUUGCUUUCUACGAUGCUCUGAGCCUGGACCUGAUCAAGACUGUGGAGGCUCCAGCUCCCAUUAACUCGGCCUCCCUCCACCCAGAUAAGGACUUCUUUGUUGCCGGUGGUGAAGACUUCAAGCUUUAUAAAUUUGACUACAGCACUAAGGAAGAGCUUGAAUCCUAUAAGGGCCACUUUGGUCCAGUGCACUGUGUGCGGUUCAGUCCAGACGGCGAGCUGUACGCCAGUGGCUCCGAGGACGGCACCCUCCGACUGUGGCAGACGGCGGUGGGAAAAACCUACGGCUUGUGGAAGUGUGUCCUCCCUGAGGACCUGGGGACAGAGAACUCUGAGCCACUGUACAACCCGCCGCCUGAGAUCAAAGCCUGAGGAGAAAGCAGUUAUUGUUUGGAAACAAGAUGAGAACCGUAAAGGAAGAAGAGAAGGAAAAGCAAGAGGUGUUCCAGUGUGUUCUAUCAGGCCCCAGCAAGGAGCAGAGUUCAGAGCAUCUCCAUCCAUCAGAAACUGAUGUGGAUAUUAUGAGUGCUCUGUCUGUCAUAGACCAACCAUCUCUCUCUCUCUCUCUCUUACACACACACACACACACACACACACAGACUUUAUGUAGUCACAUGGACAGCAUGGGCUGGAGAGUAAAGCAGUAGAGCUGUGAAUGUGUCACAUCCAUCGCUGCCUGCUUUCUCUCUGUUCAGCCCAGUUCUGUCUGUCUGUCUGUUUAAAGUUAUUUUAACUUCCCUUGACCCUUGACCCCUGAAUUCCCCCAAAUCACAUGAUGCUAAGCUCAAUUUUGGUUUCCACAUUUAAGGUAAUGAAUGAGCUGGACUAAGGCUUUUGUUUUCAGUUCAUAGUUACAAGAAUACUGGUGAUAGAUGCACAGUUUGUGCUUCAAGGUGCUUUCAUUUCUUCAGAGACCUUGCUUUGAGUAUUCGCCGCCAUCAUACUGGUCAAGUAUGUGAUGUUUAGUGUCCGAAUAAAAGAAGAAUAUUGUUUCGUGACAAAAUGGAAAGGGAAGAAUUGUCAUUGGGUUUUUCUUUUCCCCAUUUUGGGUUCUGUCUUCAUUUGUGUCCAGUGAUAAAAUAAACCUGUGCAUUACUCUUUUCUUUGAAAGUAAUGCUAGAAGAGCAAA